AUGGCUGAAAGUUGUUUCAUCCUACUUCUAUCUUCAACAUUGAUUCUAGCAGACUUCUAUAGUCCUAGAUAUGAUGAUUUUGAUAUUCAACCUCUGCUAGAAAAUAAUCGGAUAUUGAUAGGCUACACGAAGUGUUUUCUUGAUCAGGGGCCUUGUACACCGGAGGCGAAAGAUUUUAAAAAAGCUAUACCUGAAUCUUUGGAGACAUCUUGUGGAAAAUGUUCACCAAAACAGAAGCAAUUAAUAAGAACAGUGAUAAGAGCCAUAAUUGACAAUCACCCUGACGUCUGGGAACAAUUAGUGCAUAAAUAUGAUAAGGAUAAAAAAUAUAGAGAUACUUUUAAUAAAUUUAUUGAAUCCAAUGACUAA